CCGCUGCGAACAGAGCGAAAAAUUUCCAACAUGUUGGUCGCUCGCCGCUGACCGCUGCGGCGAGAGCGAUCGGCCGUUUUUUUCGCUGCGAGCGAAUUCGCAGCCUGAAAAUCGCUCUCUUUUGUGUCAUGUGAAACGGCCUUUAUGCGAAACAGACGCUAAACUUCGUAGGGCGCGGGCGAAAGAGCGCGAAACUUGCCGCGUGUAUGCCGCGUGUGUGGGUUUGUGUAUGGUUCUCGUGCUCAAAGCAGUGGACAAGAAGCGGUGACAUAUUUAUCGUACAGUCUUCUCUCCACGCAUAUUUUGCUGAGGAUGAGGUUGGAAUGCGAGACAGAAAUCGGCUAUCGGCUGCUGGAGUACCAGCGUUCUGGAGCGACAUCCAAAAAGAAAGCCGCCUUCACCAUUCUUACAUUGUGUCGCAAGCCAGGAGAAGCAAAACAGCAGAAACCGACCACAUAUUUGCUGCUGUGCACAUCGAAAAACCCAGCAGGAACGAAGUAUAAGAUCCAUGACAAUGUUGAGAGGCUCUUCACAAAGUUUAUUACUCAAGGAAAGGCUACUAUUCAACUACGAGAACCAAAGCACAACUUGAUCAUUAGUAAGGCUGAUAUUUCGGAGCUGCGCCGGUUCCUAAAUUUAAUAAAUCUCGCACACCAUGGUAAGGACCUUGAUCAGUCUGCCUUUUCAGGACCUCCAUCAAAGGUCACUCCCACAAAAGAAACAUUAGUUGUACGUCACCGGAAAGACUACCCAUCUGGAGGAUUUCCAAAAACAUUAAAGAAGCUGACGAUUGAGCUUACUGUACUGCCCGACACUAUGUGUUGUGCACGAAAGCUAACAACUCUGGUAGUAAGAAGCAAUCGUCUCCAAAAGCUCCCGCAUGGUCUAGGUUUUAUGCCCUGCCUCUCUGUUCUCGACGUGACAAGUAAUGCACUCAAUUUGCUGCCAGCCAGUCUGCUGAUGGGAACAUUGAGUUCUAUCUCUAUUUGCGACAACCCUAUGGAUGGUGCCAUGGGAGGGCCCCUGGUGUCCACAGAUGCUAACACUCACCAACGACCACUAUGGUUGCUUCAGUUGGCUGCACAAGCUGCUGCUGCCAGCGGGUAUGGAAGAAAGGUGAAGUUGACAGCUGAGGAUGUUCCGCGAUGUCUACUGGAGCUGCUGUGCACAGCCACCCCCUGUUACAGCUGCAAAAAAUUUGUGAUCCCAGCUGCAGCACUUAGUGUGAUCCUCAGGAUGGACCUAUCCCAGAUGGUUUCUUCGUGUGGUACAUAUGCGCGAGGCUCUGCGGCAGACGUUAUGGUGCCUGUGCAAGCAAAUAUCUGCUCAUACAUGUGUCUCCCUCAAUGAGGUCAGUAGUGUGUAAUGUUCCUUGUCCCGAAAUGUAAAGUAUAUGACUUGUGCUAAAAUAAAUAUAUACAGUGCUCAUGGUAUGAAAUGCUUUAAUAGUGGCCAGAAUUGUAGUUAUAUGACAUCAUUAUCUCAAGCAGUUGCACAUACAUGUUGUUAUACCUAAUGUUUUGAUGUUGCAUUUCAUUCCUUGAGUACUGUACAUGUAUAUAUAUUGUACCUUAUUUAUAAUAAUUUAAAGUAACUUGUGUUAAUGAAAAGGGUUCAUGCUAUGUUUUCAAAGGAGGCCUAUGAAAGAUACUUGAAGUGUUGUGUUCUCUGAACUGAAGAUCAUGCAUGGAGGCCAAAAUAUUUGUGCUCUCACUUCCACGUGGACGUAGAAAAAACCUAUUACAUAAUGGAAACAAUACUAAACAGUGCAGAAGAUAAAGAACAUUGCCAUGGCAAGGUUCCAUGGCGGUGUUCUUUGUUUCGGCGAUGUCAUUUGUUGUAUAGGCCUAACCAAGUGCUUUUAUAUGUUUAGUAUUAAAAAUGCCUGUAAAAAUACAUACAGGCUGACAAAACCUGUUGUACUGCUCAAAAACUAAGUUUCACCAUGACCUGCAUCCCUCUUCUGCUUGCUAUUCUAUAUUUUUACAACUCCAGUCUGCAGUCCUUAAAGAUGCAUGGGACAAAGGCAGACAGUCAAGGAUGUCAGCGAGAAAAUGUCAAGAAACCACAGACCUCACUGCCAGUGCUCUACCUAAGCAAAAGAACCCAUGAGAUUCAGUGUGCUGAAUAAAGGUAGCCAAACAUUCAAAUGGAAAAAUAUUGAGGCACGAGAAAUAGCUUUGGUAAAAAAUGACCAUGUUACCACAGGCCAAAGGCUCCAGACCGAGACUUUCAUUGUUACCUCAGUGUUGAUCAAUUCAACUAUUCUGUACCCUGUACCCUUUGUAUUCAAGUGCCCUGUACAUUCUGUACCCUUUGGUGCUACAUGCAGUAGCUAAAGCCUUACUUUUAUUUGUGAAGCUUACUGCUUCAUUUAUUGCUGAAUGACAAGAUAGCAAGUGAGUUGAAUCAAUAAAAACAUUGAUUUUUUUUGCAGCUUUGACUCAUUUACCACACUAUACAGUUAACCUGUAAGCGUGUUUUGUGUUCUUUAUUUUUUUUCCCCACCCACAUUGCAUCACAAACUUUUGUCUGCACUGUAGCAUUUGCAGUGUCCUUGAUGCAUAUUAGUGUACCCACUUUCUGAAACAUAGCAAGGAACCUACAGCUUCACUAAAAAAUUUGCUUUCCUCUGUGGCUUUCUGUACUUCCGAUGUCCUUUAUGAUAAAUUGGCAUAUGCGACCAACAAAUGAUCAUUGGCUGGAUUCUUUCAAAUCUCACAAAUGUGCAAAGUGAUGGGUCAGCAUCAUCAUCACCCUGACUACGC